AGUCGAGCAACGGUCGCAGGUCGAGUGCGGCAGAAAGCGAACCGCUAGCCGCCUCCCGACGUCCUCCCAUGAUCGGCGACAGCCUGAACGUAGGCUGAGCCUCUAAAACACGGCAGUCGACACAGCAGUUGCCCGGUUUCGAGUUAGCUUCCACAACACACGAUUGAAGCGUCUUUCUCCGACAUCGAAGCCUCGGGUGCCUUGAGCACGACUAGCACGAAGCCCAAGAGAACAAACGAGGCGACAGCCACGGAGCAACACGACUCUCCCCACAAUGCCCCGAAACCUCGAUCCGAGUAAAGAAGGGCUGCUGCGCUCCCACUAUGACGAGGCUGCGCGGCAGUCCUUUGAAGACGAUGGCCACGACUCCGAGUUGGACCUUGAUGCGACCGAGUUCCUUGACCGCGCUUCCCCCCCCUCCGCCGAGCCCAAGAGCUUCUUCGGCCCACGCGACAGUCCUGUCCAGCGAUGGUCUGCCUUGCGGCGGGCCACAGGCCGGAGACGGUGCUGCCUGGUCCUCCUCACGUGCAUGUUGGGACUGUGGCUCCUGAUAGGCAUUGGAGGGGGCGUCGUAUACAAGGUGUUCCAGAAAGAGCCGCCGUACGGCCAGUCUCCGCCGUGGUACCCUGCUCCCAAAGGCGGCAUAGCACGUACUUGGGCCGCGAGCUACGAGAAGGCAGCCAAAAUGGUAGAGAGGAUGACUCUCGCCGAGAAAGUCAACGUCACUACGGGCACGGGCUGGCAGAUGGGGCUGGCGGUGGGCACCAACGCCCCUGCAGUAUAUGUCGGGUUCCCCCAGCUGCAGCUGCAGGAUGGCCCCUUGGGUAUCCGCUUCGCCGACAACAUUACAGCCUUCCCUGCCGGCAUCACGGUCGGGGCUACGUGGAAUCGCAAGCUCAUGUAUGCCCGCGGGAAGGCGCACGCCAACGAGGCGCACAGAAAGGGAAUAAACGUGCUGUUGGGGCCCUGUGUUGGCCCCCUCGGCCGUAUGCCUGCUGGGGGGCGGAACUGGGAAGGGUUUGGGGCGGAUCCGUAUCUGCAGGGAAUUGCCGGUGCCGAGACAGUCAAGGGCAUCCAGAGCGAGGGGGUCAUGGCCACCAUCAAGCACUUUGUUGCCAACGAGCAGGAGCACUUUCGCCAACCCUGGGAGUGGGGUCUGCCGCACGCAGUCAGCUCCAACAUGGACGAUCGCACUCUGCACGAGCUUUAUGCCUGGCCGUUUGGCGACGCCGUGAAGGCGGGCGUGGCGUCGGUCAUGUGCUCGUACAACCAAGUCAACAACUCGUACUCUUGCGGAAACAGCAAACUUCUCAAUGGCAUUCUCAAGGACGAGCUUGGUUUCCAAGGCUUCGUCAUGAGCGACUGGUUGGCGCAACGGUCGGGCGUCUCGACGGCGCUCGCGGGGCUUGACAUGACAAUGCCCGGCGACGGGCUCGAUUGGGCAAAGGGCAAGUCGCUAUGGGGCCCCGAGCUGUCCAGGGCUGUCCUCAACGGCAGUGUCCCCCUUGAGCGGCUGAACGACAUGGUCACCCGCAUCGUUGCCGCAUGGUACCAGCUUGGCCAGGAUGACGAGAUCAAGUUCCCCCGCAAGCCUCCCAACUUCUCGUCGUGGACCAAUGAUCGCCUGGGCUUCCUCGCACAUGGUAGCCCCAGCACUCAGGAUCUAGUUGAAGUCAACAAGUUUCUAGACGUGCAAUCCAACCAUUCCAGCAUUGCUCGCCAGGUGGCCGCUGAAGGAACCGUGCUUCUCAAGAACGACAACUUGCUCCCCAUCAGCCCCCGGGGCUUGGGGGAUGCAAACCUCAAGAGGCGCCGGGACGUUGUUGAACGCGCGACGGGCAAGCGCCACACCGGAAAGUUCAAGGUCGGUGUCUUUGGCGAAGACGCUGGCCCGGGAAGCGGGCCCAACCACUGCAAGGAUCGUGGCUGCAACCAGGGAACUCUGGGCUCCGGCUGGGGCUCGGGAGCCGUCGAGUUUCCCUAUCUGGUCACGCCCAUUGAGACGCUGCGCAGCCGCUUUGACAAGUCCGAGGUUGAACUGCACGAGUACCUCAGCAACAAAUUGCCCAUGGCAGGCUCGGACCAGGCCGCUCUCAACGAUCUGGAACUGUGCAUCGUGUUUGCCAAUGCCGAUUCCGGUGAAGGUUUCACAAAAUGGAACGAUGUAAGCGGCGACCGGCCGAAUCUGAAUCUCCAAAAGGGUGGUGACGACCUCAUUCUUGAUGUUGCAUCCAAAUGUGGCUCGGGGCACGGCCAGGUCGUUGUCGUCAUUCACGCUGUCGGCCCUGUCCUGGUAGAAAAGUGGAUCGAGCUGCCAAAUGUCAAUGCUGUACUGCUCGCCAAUUUGCCCGGCGAAGAAUCUGGAAACGCUCUCGCUGACGUCCUCUUCGGCGACAUCAACCCAUCCGGCCAUUUGCCCUACACCAUUGGCAAGUCACUCAAAGACUACGGGAAGGGCGGGCAGGUCCUGUACCGGCCCAAAGGCGCUAUACCUCAACAAGACUUCACUGAAGGCCUGUACAUUGACUAUCGCUACUUUGACAAGCACAGCAUCGAACCACGGUUCGACUUUGGGUUCGGCCUCAGCUACACUACAUUUGAAGUAAAAAAUGCGCAGGUCACUCCCCUGAAGAGCAAAUCACCACUACCUGCGUCUCGUCCGACCCCAGCUGCCAAACCGCCAACCUACUCAGACCAGAUUCCCCCGGCAAGUGAGGUCUUGUUCCCGGCUGGCCUACGUGCAUUGGAGAGAUACGUCUACCCAUACCUCAAAUCAGUAGACGCCAUCGUCACGGGCCCUUACCCGUAUCCGGAUGGCUACGAGACGAAGCAGCCACUGAGCGGAGCGGGCGGCGACGAAGGCGGUAAUCCAGACCUCUGGGAGACGUAUGUGAGUGUUGCUGUGGACGUGGAGAAUGUCGGGCCACGCGCCGGCUCUGCCGUCCCCCAGCUGUACCUCGUCUAUCCUGCUCGGGAGGGGGUCGACUUCCCAGUUCGGGUGUUACGGGGGUUCGACAAGAUCUAUCUUCGUCCGGGCGAGUCGCGCACGGUUGACUUCAACAUUACCAGAAGAGACCUCAGCUAUUGGGACGUCCAGAAACAAAAUUGGGUCAUGGUGACGGAAGGAGAAUAUCAGUUUCAGGUUGGCCAGAGCUCGAGAGAUUUGACUGCCGUGGGAAUAUGGUAAACAAUCAUGACGGAAUCUAAUUAUUCCAAGUAUUUGGGGGUUCAAGGUUAUUUGAGUUUGGAUACAGGCUGUUUUGGUCAGGCAUUAGCAUGCAGGCGAGGAGUUGCUACCAAGUUUUCUAUUUUUGUUUUCGUGACUGAAUAAUUGCCGGGUUACGGAUAUUUCACCUAGUUCUAUUCACCUUCGUACCUUAUUCUUACCUACCUGACGAGUGAUCCCCCACCCAACUAACCCACAAUACCUUAUUGAAAGACACCACCACGAAAUCCC